AUGACCAAUCAGGGAGCGCCAUCUGUCACAGACCGGAUUCUCUCAUUCCUGCCACAGCUGCUGCUGCAGCUCACAUUCUCCAAAAAGUUCUACCAUGACCUUCCCUUCUGCCUCUUUGCACAGACGUUUGCUUUUGUGGCCUUCAACAAGGUGAUAACCUCACAGUACUUUGUCUGGUUCCUCUUCCUCCUUCCGCUCAUCCUUCCCUUCACCUCUCUCCGCCUCCAAAGUUACGGCGGACUUU